GGCAGUCGCGUGCCGGCCGCCAAUCAGGGCAGACGUUUAUCAUUUUUCUUUUAAUUAAUUGUGGCCACACUGUGUGCAGCGAAAAGUAAUGUCAUUCCAGGCAAUCCUGCAUCUGACUACGGUGAUCGCCGUGAUAGCCCUAUCAUCGAGUAGCAUCGUGAAAUCGCCAAGUAAUGAUGGCACAUUCGAACUCUUGAUACUUCACAACAAUGACAUGCACGCUCGCUUUGAGCAGACUUCACAGUUGAGUGGAGCCUGUACUACUGCUGAUAGAGAUGCUGGAAAGUGCUAUGGAGGGUUCCCUAGGGUUGCCCAUAUUGUGAAAGAGGCUCGUAAGGCUGCUGAAUCUGGUGAAGGUCCACCUGUCCUGUACCUCAAUGCUGGAGACACUUACACAGGCACCGCCUGGUUUACUAUUUACAAGUGGACGAUAGCGGCUGAGUUUCUUAACGCUUUGCAACCUGACGCUGUUUCGCUGGGAAAUCACGAAUUUGACGAAGCUGUGGCUGGAUUGGUACCGUUCAUUAAAAACUUAACAUCGCCCGUUUUAGCUGCAAACCUACUGUUAGAUAAUGUACCAGAACUAAAAGAAGAAACUAAUUUAUAUAAAUCUAUUAUACUGAAUAAAAAAGGCGUCAAUAUUGGUAUUGUUGGAUAUCUUACGCCAGAAACAAAGUUUCUAGCACCAAAAACUAAAGUUGAUUAUGAAGAUGAAAUAACGUCAAUACGAAGGGAAGUUAAGAAAUUAAAACAAAACGGAAUUGAAAUUAUAAUCGCUUUGGGGCACUCUGGCUUUAUCAAAGACUUGGAAAUAGCUACUGAAGUUGAAGAUAUUGAUUUGGUAAUAGGUGGACACUCGAAUACGUUUUUAUCAAAUGUUAAUACUACAGAAAUUCCUGAAUUUGUACAGGGUCCAUACCCAACAAUAGUCAUGCAAAAAUCAGGGAGAAAGGUCCUUGUUGUGCAAGCAUACGCUUACACAAAAUAUAUGGGUAGUUUGUUUCUAAAAUUUAAUGAGAAUGGAGAUAUUAUGGACUUUGAUGGUAAACCCAUUCUAUUGAAUGAAGGAAUUCCACAAGAUCCGGAAGUUUUACAGAUAGUCAACAAAUAUCAUACUGAUAUUGAUCGUAUUAAUAAUGUAAUUGUAGGAACUUCCAUGACGUUCUUACAAGGAGACACUUGCAGAUUGUAUGAGUGUAACUUAGGAGAUUUUAUUUGUGAUACUAUGCUUAAUUAUACAAAAAGGCAUUAUGUGGAAUUUUCACAAGUAAAUAUUGCAUUAGUUCAAGGAGGAAGAAUCAGAACGUCUCUAGAUCAACCUAAAAAACCCUACAAUCUCACCAGAGGAGAUUGGAUAACCGUAAUACCGUUUUCAGAUACACUUUGUAUAGUUAAAAUGAAUGGAAGCGUAUUGUUGCAAGCGCUAGAACAUUCAGUCGACUUAUGGAGAAAAAUUGAUACACCAGGACAAUUUUUACAAAUGUCUGGAAUGGAAGUCACCUAUGAUCUAGAAAAAAUACCGGGUCAUAGAGUUGUAGGUGCAAAGGCUAUGUGUAUUGGAUGUAGUAAAUUAAUAGACGUACGUAAUGAUUUAAAAUACAAUAUUCUUAUGUCAGCAUUUUUAGCUGAUGGCGGAGACGGUUAUUCUAUGUUUGAGAAUUUGGAGAAAGAAUUUGUUUCCUUCAAUGAAGUGACUUGUGUUUUAGAUUAUUUGGCAAUUUAUAGCCCUAUAAAUACACAAGUAGAUAAACGCAUAACAUUAUUAAAUGAAGAUAAAGUUCAAGAUUUUGUAAAUGAUGUAUCCAUAAUUGACAAAUUCUCUCCAUCGAGUGGGAAGGCAAUUUAUCUCGACUCUUUAUUAAUUGCUAUGUUAUUUGUACGUGUCACCUUUUUUUUAUAUAAAUGAAGUGAACCUUAGGCAUUAAUAGAUAAAAUUUACACAUAUUUUAAGGACUACAAAUGCGUAGAAUAGUAAUAGAUUCACUUUCAUAUUUAAUUUUUUUUAUGUAACAGGAGGCAAACGAGCAGGAGGCUCUCCUAAAGUUAAGUGAUACCGCCGCCCGUGUACACUCACAUUGCCAGGACGCUCGCAAGUGCGUUGCCGGCCUUUAUGAAAUGGUACGCUCUAUUUGAAAUACUUCCACUGGUUGUACAUAGUGGUGGUGCGCGAGGCUAACAUAGCCUUUCCUUCCGAAUGACCGCGAAACCGAACGUCAUUCGAUAUGUCAACGCCCAGUAUCCCCAUGCUAGCCGAGGCUUUAAGGAGAGUGCCUUCGAAGAGAGGAAUAGCGACAAAGGGUGUUUUUGUCGGAGAAGGUUUUAGUUUGGUUCACUCUUUUUUUAAACACUAAUUUUAAAGUGCUAUACGCGUAAAUAAAAUCUAUUUAAUCUUUAAUGUGAAAUCUUAACAUUCGUAAAACGAAAUAUAAAUACACAUAGUGACUUAAGUUUUAAGCUUUACAGCUUUAAGAGCUAUUGAAGCAUGAUGAUGCUUGUCUAUGGUUCAAUUCUUAAUACAUCUCUCAUUCACCUCUUUCUACGGUUCUGCCUAGUUUCUAAACCUAACCGAAUAAACUUCUGCGUUUAAUUUGGUUAUCAGCAGUAGUAGUUAUAUUUAACAAACUAUGUUUAUUAAAUUAUAGAUAUAAUUAAGACAUUUCUCAGCUUAAUAAAAAUAAACCCAAAGUUUAAAGUUAUUCAUGUUGUAUUAAUGAGGCUGGGCCAUGCAUGCAUUCCCUUGCAUUUGGCAAGGCUUAACCUUUUACCUAACGAUAUAUGUCACUGUGGCAAUGACGUUGGUAAUUUUAUCAUAUAUUCUUUGUCUUUCCUUAACAUGACCGUCCCGCUUUUAUUUCCUCGCUUUUGUCCAUUAAAAUUCCUUUUCCUACUUCAAUCUCUAUCCUUCCAUCUAAUAUAAAUAUUGAUGUAUAUAGCCAAUU